AUGAAGGGGCACUGGAGAGUGGUCAUAACAGUGGUCAUCUUGUCCAUCUUGGCCAUUGAUGGAGCCAUCAACGAAUCAUCAUUGCGCCGACAUCGCUAUGAUUAUGGCCUUGUCAAUGCCAGCCUGGACUUAACAAAGGACCUGAUCACCUCAGAUAUCCUAGCGGAAGAGAAGCAAAUUAGUCUGCAAACCAAGCACGAGCCACACCUCAUCCGGAGCUCGGUGAUCUUUGGGCUAACCAAAGCUUCAAAUGAGAGUAAAGUGGGUUCCAGCUGCCAUGCCCAGCUACAGCAAGUGCAGCGGGGAAUUCUUACCAAGCAGCCAUGGGCCAUGAAGGUUCUCGAUGCCUCGGGCAUCAAGCCAUCGGGCUUCGUUUUUGGUCAGAACUAUUGGCUCGGAAGCCGGGAGGCCUGCCGUGGCGUCCAGGGACCCGUGGGCAUUACGUUAUCCCGGAAUUAUGAACGUGUGAUGCAUUAUGGGAUACUCACCCAACAGGCCCCCUUCGACAUGGACUAUCGUGUUAUAUAUCUGCGCCACCAAUCGCCCUGGCAGGUGGAGAUCAAGGUCAUGUCCGAGCAGGUCCUGCACAUUGGCCUGUGCCUGCCCAGCGCCUGUGGCUCCGAGGAGGUCAAGCAGCUGGCCAGGGAUUACGUAGCGGAGGGCACAUUCGCCGAGGAUGACAUCUUUGAUAUGCAACCGGAAGUGCUGUACAUGAAGGACCUUAAGUUGAGUGAGCGUUUCUUCCAGCGUCCAACCUUUAGGUUGGUGGUUGCUGCUCUCCUGGCGACCGGAGCUCUGAUGCUCUGCUCCCAGCAGCUGCGAGUGGCCAAGCGGGGAGAUGAACCGGUACCGGGUCUGGCUCCUGUCGAAUCCGAGCUGUGGCAGGCGCUGGACUCCCUCCUCAAGUGGCAGCCCCUGCAGAAUGUUGUUUCCUGCUUCGAUGUGGCUGACAAUUGGCGAAAGAUAUCCGCCAUGCGAGAGAAUCGGUCCGGGGAGAUUCCCAUUAUGAAUGGCCUAAGAUCUGUGUGUGCCAUCUGGAUCCUCAUAUUCCAUGUGGUGUGGUACAUGUACUUUACCGUGCACAACAAAACGGUGCUAAUCUCUUAUGCCGAGAAGGCGGCCUUUCAAUAUGUUUCAACAGCUCCACUCCUUGUGGAUGUUUUCUUUACAAUUAGUGGCUUCCUGCAAACCUACAAUUUCCUGAGGAACACCAAACAACUGGAGGCAGUGCGUCGUAAUGGUCUGACUGGCAAUGUGAAGCUCUUUGGCAAGCUCCUGUUCCAUCGCUAUCUGCGUCUGGGUCCACUCUACCUGGUGGUGAUGGGCAGCGUGGACCUGGCCUUUGCCUACAUUGGAGACGUGUCCGUCUUCCACAUCAACGAACGAUUCGAUGAAUUGUGCACGGAGCAUUGGUGGCGUAACCUGCUGUUUAUCCAGAAUCUCUUCGAUCAUCGCGAGAUGUGUGCCAAUUGGAGCUGGAGUCUGGCCUGUGACAUGCAAUUCUUCCUGCUGGCCAACCUGGUGCUCUUCAUCUAUGCCAGACACCCAAAGGCGGCCAAGGCAGUGACGCUGGCUGGACUUGUGGCCACUAUAACCUGGUCCUAUGGCAUCGGUAUUAACCACAAGUUUGAGUUCUCCUUCGAUGCCACCUAUGCAACCGGCACCCAGAUAUACACAAGUCCCUUUGUGAGGAUCCUGCCGUAUAUUGUGGGUGCUAUUGCUGCCUGGUGUCUCCAGGAGCAGCGCUUCCAAAUGGAGCUAAGCGAACAACAGAUCCGCUGGUUAUGGCACUUCAGCGUCCUGGUCUUUUUGGGUUGCAUCUAUUCCACGGUGAAGCGGGAUCUGGGCCAUCUCAUCACCAUAUCGCUGUUCGUCCUGGGGCGAGCUCUGUUCUCGCUCACCGUUUGCUGGAUGGUGGUGGGCAGUGCCACGGGUAGCGGCGUCUGGUGGUCACGAUUGUUGGAGGCCAAGUGCUUCCAGCACCUGAAUCGCCUUACCUAUGCCAUAUAUCUCCUGAAUCCUCUGGUUAUAGCUCUCAUCUACAGUCUUACCAGUACGAGUUCCGCUGCGGAUCCCUUUAUGCUGAGCGUAGUGUGCUGCGGCUUCACCAUGAUCGUAUACCUCGCCUCCAUUGCCUUUUCGCUGGCCUUUGAGCUGCCAUAUAGCAAUCUGUCUGGAUUGCUGCUCAGACGCGAGGGAAAGCCCAAGAGCACCUGAACUGUGAUU